CUGUGUAAAAUUUCUGAAACUGCUGUUGGGUUUGUUGAAUUCUGGACGCCUAGAGCCAAAACGAAAACAGGUUGCAAGUUAAUCCUUAGCCUCUGAAAUCAUUCUACUCUCAGCGAUUAUAUUAGCAGGAAAGUGUUCUUGCCAACUUCAACUGUUUAAUUGUCAUAAAUUGAAGCAACAGCAGAGACCUGUCUCGUUAGCCAAUCAAAAUGCCCGGACCGAGUUUCAAAGGAAUGGACGAGUCCGACAUGGAGCUGUAUCUCGUCAGGAAUGUCGAGAUCGGACAGUCGGGCGCAGACGUCAAGGGAAAAGUGUGGGUUCCUGACAGGAAGGAAGGUUACGUUAUGGCCGAUGUCGUAAAGCAGGAUGACGAAAGUUGCACUGUCACCUUGCCCAGCAUGGAGGAGAAGACGUUCAAGAAGGACGACGUCGGUCUGGUGAACCCCCCGAAGUUCGAGAAGUGGGAGGACAUGAGUUCGUUGACCUACUUGAAUGAGGCCAGCAUCCUCUACAAUCUCAAGUGCAGAUACGUCGAGUUCCUCAUCUACACCUACUCUGGUCUGUUUUGCGUGGCUAUCAACCCGUACAAGCGACUGCCCAUCUACGGGCACAGGUGUGUGAACUACUACAAGGGCAAGAGGAGGACCGAGGUCCCCCCUCACGUGUUCGCCAUCUCUGACAACGCAUACACUGACAUGAUGAUGGAGAAGCAAAACCAGUCGAUCUUGAUCACCGGUGAAUCUGGUGCGGGUAAAACCGAGAACACCAAAAAGGUCAUCUCGUACUUCGCCCUGCUCGGCUCAGAUCCGACUGCAAAGAAGACCGACUCUAAGCCGUCGCUGGAGGACCAAAUUGUGCAAACGAACCCUGUGCUGGAGUCGUUCGGAAAUGCCAAGACCGUUAGAAACGACAACUCGUCUCGAUUCGGAAAGUUCAUCCGAAUUCACUUUUCAAGUGUGGGCAAACUGUCUGGUGCUGACAUUGAGCACUACCUGCUGGAGAAGGCCAGAGUGACCAGCCAGAUGGAAGGCAUGGAGAGGUGUUACCACAUCUUCUACCAGAUCUUGUCGCCUGGUGUUCCGGGAUUGAAGGAGAAACUGAAGCUGAGUGGCAAUCCCGAGGACUACAAGUUCAUCCACGAUGGUCAAUAUGUGGUGAAAUCCAUCGAUGAUACCGAGGAGGCCCAGCUGACUGACGAGGCCUUCGACAUCCUGGGAUUCGAACCCAAAGAGAAGGAGGAACUCUACAAACUAUGCGCAGGUAUCUUGCACUUGGGCAACAUGAAGUUCAAGCAGAGACCCCGAGAGGAAAACGCCGAACCUGACGGCAAAGAUGACGCCGAAUUGGCAGCCGAACUGCUCGGAGUGAAGACGGACGAGCUCCUCAAGGGAUUCGUCAAGCCCCGAGUCAAGGUCGGAUCCGAAUACGUCACUAAAGGUCAAACUGUGGACCAGGUCGGAUAUGCCCAGAGUGCAAUGGGCAAGGCCAUCUUCGACAAGAUGUUCAAAUGGCUGAUCCUGCGUGUGAACAAGACCCUGGACACUGACUUGCCUCGACAGUGUUUCAUCGGAGUGCUUGACAUCGCUGGAUUCGAGAUCUUCGACCUGAACACGUUCGAGCAACUGUGCAUCAACUUCACGAAUGAGAAGCUGCAGCAGUUCUUCAACCACCACAUGUUCGUGCAGGAACAAGAGGAGUACAAGAAGGAGGGAAUCGUGUGGGAGUUCAUUGACUUCGGAAUGGACUUGGCUGAGACCAUCUUGCUCAUCGAGAAACCGAUGGGCAUCCUGUCCAUCCUGGAGGAAGAGUGCAUUGUGCCCAAGGCCAGUGACCAGACGUUCCUGAAGAAGCUGGAGGACAACCACAAUGGCAAGAGCAAGUCCUACGGCAAGCCCAAGGCAGGAUCCAAGACCAAGUUCCCCGUCCACUUCGAACUGCAUCACUACGCAGGCACUGUCGGAUACAACAUCACCAACUGGUUGGAGAAGAACAAGGAUCCAAUGAAUGACACUGUGGCUGAGCUGUUCGGCAAAUCGGACGUGAAACUCCUCGCCGCCAUCUUCAAGGUCGAGGAUGCCGACGCUGGAGGCGGCGGCGGUGGUGGCAAGGGCAAGAAGAAGAAGGGUGGCUCAGCCCAGACCAUCUCUGGAAACCACAAGGACCAGCUGAACAAAUUGAUGACGACUCUACACAGCACCCAGCCUCACUUCAUCCGUUGCAUUGUGCCGAAUGAGAGGAAGACGCCUGCUUUGGUGGAGCCCGACUUGGUCUUGCAUCAGCUGAGGUGCAACGGUGUCCUCGAGGGUAUCCGUAUCUGUCGAAAGGGAUUCCCCAAUCGGCUCCAGUACAACGACUUCAAACCUAGGUACAAGAUCUUGGCUGCUGCCGAAGUGACUGACGAGACUGACCCCAAAGACGGGUCCAAGACCAUCAUCGAUAAAAUCGAUCUAGACAAGAACCUCUACCGAUUCGGACACACCAAACUGUUCUUCAAGGCCGGUGUGCUGGGUAAUCUCGAGGAGAUGCGAGACGAGAAGGUGUCGACCAUCAUCACCAGCUUCCAGUGCUACAUCAGAGGCAAUGCGAUGAGGAAGAAGUUCAAGAAGAUGCUGGACCAGAGGAUUGGCCUGAUGGUGAUCCAGCGCAAUGUGAGGAAGUACCUGCAGCUGCGCAACUGGCUCUGGUUCAAGAUGUACUCCAAGGUCAAGCCACUGCUCUCUCUGGCCAAGGCGGACGAGGAGAUGAAGCAGAAGGAGGAGGAGGCCAAGGCCAUGAUGGAGAAGUUCGAGAGCAUCGAAAAGGCCAACAAGGAGUUCGAAGAAAAGAUUAACAAAUUGAGUCAAGAGAAAGCUGAUAUGACUGUGAAGUUGGAACAGUCUGAAACUAAGCUGGGCGAGGAGCAAGACAGGGCCGAUAAGUUGACCAAGCAGAAACAUGACCUGGACAACCAGGUGAAGGAUCUGCAGGAGAGACUGGAGGACGAGGAGAACACCAAUGCUGACGUCACCAACCAGAAGAGGAAACUAGAGGGUGAAGUUGCAGACCUGAAGACUGACAUUGCCCAGAUGGAGCAGAGACUGCACAAGACCAGUGACGAGGGCAAGAGCAAGGAGCACAUGAUCAACCAGAUCAAGGACGAAAAAAUGCAACUGGAUCAGGCUCUGUCCAAACUGCAACAUGCCAAGAAGGAUCUCGAGAACCAGCACCAGAAAACUCUGGAGGACCUGCAAUCUGAGGAGGACAAGGUCAACCACCUGCACAAGGUCAAGGUCAAGAUGGAAGGCCAGCUGGAGGAGACUGAAGACAAUCUGGAGAGAGAGAAGAAGGCGAGGAGUGACCUUGAGAAGGUGAGGAGGAAGUUGGAAGGAGACCUGAAGAUGGCCCAGGAGGCUAUUGAUGAACUGGACAGGAGCAAACACGAUCUGGAGGACCAAGUGCGCAAGCGCGAGUUUGAGAUCCAGAACCUGAACAGCAAAAUCCAGGACCUGGAGGGAGGCACCAACCAGCAAAGGAAGAAGGUCAAGGACCUAGAGAACCGAAUCGAGGAGCUCGAGGAAGAGAAUGAAUCCGAGCGACUCAACAGAGCCAAGGUGGAGAAACAGCGACAAGAGCUUGCACGUGAGUUGGAAGACCUCACCGACCGACUGGAUGAACAGGGCGGAGCGACAGCUGCCCAGAUUGAACUGAACAAAAAGAGGGAACAGGAACUGCUCAAGUUGAGACACGACAUUGAGGAGAUCCACAUCCAACACGAGACUAGUGUUGGACAACAGAGGAAGAAGCAACAGGAGCAGCUGGCCGAACUGCAGGCUCAGGUUGACAGUUUGCAGAAGAUGAAGGCUAAGUUGGAGAAAGAGCGAAACCAGUUCAAGAUGGAGGCUGAAGACCUGCAGAGCAACUUCGAAGUCCUCUCCAAGAACAAGCAAGCGGCGGACCGUAACAACCAGCAGCUGGACUCUCAGUUGUCUGACUUGAAGGCACAGCUGGAUGAGCAGAACAGGACUGUGAUGGAGAUUCAGUCUCAGAAGUCUAGACUGCAGACAGAGGUGUCCGAACUCACGAGACACAUCGAGGAACACGAGAGCAGCUUCUCGUCAACCAACCGAAUCAAGAUUACUCUGACAAACCAGUUGGAGGAGGCUAAGAGGUCGGCAGAGGAGGAGUCCCGAGCCAGAAGCUCCCUCCAGAUCCAGUUCAACAACGCCCAGAGAGAAAUCGACCAGCUCAGAGAACAGGUCGAGGACGAAGAGUCAUCCAAGGCCGACUUGCAACGACAGCUGCAGAAGGCCAUGAGCGAAGUGUCCGCCCUCAGAUCCAAGUACGAGUUGGAGGGUGCCGCACGAGUGGAGGAAUUGGAGGAGGCGAGGAAGAAGUUGAUCAUAAAACUGCAGGAGACAGAGGAGCACCUCGAGAGUCAGACUGCCAAGGCCAGCAACAUGGAGAAGAUCAAGAACAGGAUGCAGGCAGACCUAGAAGACGUCACCAUCGAACUGGAGAGGAUGCAGUCUUCGUAUGCCAAUGUGGAGAAGGCACAGAAGAAGUUCGACCAGGAGAUCGCCACCUGGAAGGGCAAGGUCGAGGAGUUGCAGAACGAACUCGACAACUCCCAGAAGGAGUGCAGGAACUACUCCACCGAACUGUUCAGAUUCAAAUCUUCGUACGAAGAAACCAUUGACACGAUUGAGGUACUGAAGCGAGAGAACAAGACCCUCACCACCGAGAUCUCAGACCUGUCUGACCAGUUGGGCGAGGGCGGCCGAAGUGUGCACGACAUCGAGAAGGCCAAACGACGACUGGAACAGGAGAAGGCCGAACUGCAGACUGCUCUGGAGGAAGCAGAACACACCAUUGAGAAUGAAGAGGCCAAGGUCAUGAGAGUUCAAGUUGAACUGAGUCAGCUGAAGGGCGACUUGGAGAAGAGAAUCAACGAGAAGGACGAGGAAUUCGAAACUGUCAGGAGACAAUACCAGAAGACGAUAGACACAAUCCAGGCCUCUCUGGAGCAGGAGACGAGGAGCAAGCAGGAGGUGUUGAAAGGGAGGAAGAAGCUGGAGGCAGACAUCAACGAGUACGAGGUGGCCCUGGAGAUCGCCAACAGGAACAACCAAGAGGGACAGAAACUAGUCAAGAAACUGCAGACCCAAGUCAAGGACCUGCAAACAUCUCUGGAAGAGGAGCAGCGAAACGUGGACGAGAUCCGAGAACAGUACAACAUGUCGGAACGAAGAGCCACCAUGCUCAGCAACGAAGUGCAGGAACUCCGAUCCGGAUACGAGCAGGCCGAGAGACUCCGAAGGUCGGCAGAGGGCGACGCAGCUGAUGCUUCUGAGAGAAUCACCGACUUGCAGAGCCAGAUGAAUGCUCUGAAUGCAGCCAAGAGGAAGCUGGAAGCAGACUUGCAGAACGCGAUGAGUGACGUUGAGGAUCUGACUCACGAAUUGAAGGCCGCUGAUGAACGAGCCAAGAAAUCGCAAAUGGAUGUGUCCAGACUGCAGGAGGAGUUGAGAAGCGAGCACGAGCACAGUCAGACUAUUGAGAGAAGGUGCAAGACUGUGGAACAGCAGUUCAAGGAACUCACCAUCCGAUUCGAAGACGGAGGAUCCUCGGACCCCAGACUGUCCAAGAAGAACGUGGAGAGACUUGAGAUUAGAAUCAGAGACCUCGAAGGCGAGAAGAAUAGCGAGAGCAUCAAGGCAACAGAGGCGAUUAAGCAGUUGAGGAAGGUGGAGAGAAGGAUGAAGGAGUUGGCAUUCGCUGCAGAAGAGGAGAAGAAGGAAAAGGACAAACAGAUCGAACUGUUGGACAGGAGCAACAAGAAACAUCUGCAGCUCAAGAAACAGAUCGAGGAUCUGGAAGAUGCCAACAACCAGGCUUUGGCCAGGCUGAGAAAAUUCCAACAUGAUGUUGAUGAAGCCGACGAGAGAGCCGAAAUGGCCGAGUCGCAACUGGCCAAACUGCGAGCCAAGAGCCGAGCCACAACUGGACCAUCUUCUGGCAGGAAAAAGUUGAUCGUGAUUGAGGAACAACAGUUGGUCACCACCACUGUUCCUCUCGUCCACCAGCAGUAACUCGCCAGCCAAUAGGAGCGCUACAUUUCUGGAUUUGCCAGUUCAACUGUCACUAUGGUAUCUUCGGAAACAACUUCAUCAUCGCGAAGAUCUCGAAACAAAACAUCAGCUGAUGAGUAAAAAAACAAGUAACUACAACAAUCAGGAUGACAAAAAACUCCUUGAGGGACUGACUGAAAGACUUUUGCUACUGUUUUGCUGCAACUAGAAUCAAAAUUUGUUCACAGUUGUUCUGAACAAACUCGAAAUCAGCGCUUUUAUUCAUUCACAAAAAACUAUUUAUUCACGGAAACUUCAUUUUCAACUAUUUAUUUACUACUACAUUACCUGCCCUGAUUUGCGCACUUAAUUGAUUAAUUAAUAAUAAUUUAUAACUGUUAUGUAAUAACAAAACCGCUGCUACUGCUGAGACACUUGAAAUAUUUAAAAUGCUGAGCUGGAAAUUUUAAAUUUUGAUACAUAGCUCUGGACUGACAGACCAUAUAAAUGACAUUUAGUAUUUUGAGAGACGAAAAACUAUUCGAAAAAUUACAGUUUGCUCUGAAAAGUAUUAACCACCAUUUUAUCAAUAGUUAUUAUACAUACCCAUUGCUUUAACCAUUAGUAUGCAGUGAAUAUUUGAUGAAAGCUAAUAAAAUGAUCAGAAACUUUUUUUGAAAAACCGAAGUUGACUUAUAAAACCAAACAUUAUUAGCUUUUGGGAAGCGAAUAUUAACAAAAGCGUGUUUUGAAAGAGUAAAUUUAAGAUGGAUAACUUUUGGUUGUGCUAUUGACGUAUUUAAAUGAUUGAUUUGGAUAUUUGAUGCAAAAUUGGGCUAAAAAUGCUACUACUACCAAUUAAACCUUGCUUUUUUUUCAAAACCGAGGUCUCCAGUAAUAUUAAAUGAAUUAUGUAUGCGGUGAAUAUCUAAUAACUUUCUAUUUAUUGCUUCAAUUCAAAUUAAAUACUUAUUACAAUUUAACCGUCUUCUUAAUUGACGCAAGAUUUAGGUGGCAUUUUUGGUCCAAGUUCUGAUAAAAAAUUGACAAAUUUUUAAAAAGAUGGAAUAUUGGAAGUGUAAAAAGCUGUUGUCUCCCCUUGCCUAAAUCCUCCCAUUCUCUCCCCAAUCAAUAUCCUUAGCAUGAUCUUAAUUGUAUCUUACUGUAUAUUUUACAUGAUUUACUUCUUUAACUUGUACUUAUACCAGCAUACUUAACUAAGAGACGCUUCCACUGAA